AGAGACAUUUCCGAAAUCUUCCUGCGGCACCUGAAUGCAACGCCGAACAGCAGUUAGCUUGAUGCUAGUGCUGCUCGCUCAGUGCUGUAUUUUUAGCACACUAGCUAAGUCUAAAGUUUAAAGGAAGAAGAUAGGAAAUAAAAUCCUAUAACAGCUUAAAGACUACAUGAGGAGACUUUUUAGCAUUUACUUUUAAACGAGGAGAAGCCAUGUUUCGCUGUAAGACUGCUUGGUUUUCCAACAGCGUACCAGAAGAUCAUCUUGACUUUUGGAUGCAGGAAGGUGGGAGCAUUACUGGUUGGAGAGAGGCAGAUUACCUCUUCAGUGCAGAUGCAACAUGUCCCGACACAAAGAGGAUAUUUGAAAGCAAAGAUUACAUCUGGAACAAGGUGACUGUUUUACACAGCUUGUUUCUGUCCACCUGUGAAAAGCGGCAAAGUGUGAAAUCAGUGUGCAUCGGUCAUUAUGUGCUGCCUCCAGCUUCUGUACAGGAUGAGGUGAGAAAAGUGGUUGGCAGGUUGAUUUGGGAACGUGAAGAUGAAGAAACAGCUGCACAGGACCAACAAAAGACUUUAAGCCUGUCAGAAGUUGAACACAGUGAGGAGGAAGUGAGAGGGAGCAUAUGUGAGGCAUCAGACACAGACUCAUCAGAGAGUGAAGCUCUCCUCUGGGAACAUUUGAAAAGCCCAGUUGGUUGUAUGGCCCCAGGGUAUGUCAGCAUUGAGAAUCUUCCGAAAUAUUCCGGUGAUCUGCAUGAUGUGCAUCCUGUGCUUUUCAGAUGUUCAAAAUGUAAAGGUUACCUUUGUUUAGGUCCCAAAUAUCACAAGACACACUAAGAAAGAACAAAACAAAAUACAUAUAAGACUUGAAAAUAGUUACAGGAACAAUGGUUGUUUCAUUUAGUAUUUUUCGUACCUUUGUUUAAUUUAAAUUUGUAACAUUCUGGUUGCCACAUUCUUUGUACUCUGGAUUUUCAAUAAAAGAGUUUAUGCAUAAAAAUGUGUUUAUUUCUU